CAUGGCUGCGCACUGAAACAUCGCUGGAUCUCCUCUUACGUUUCGUUUUCCCAGCGAUUCAUUGUUGGGACUGAACACUUUGACUCAGCAGAUAGGUGUUUUAGCACUGUUAUCAAUGAGGAAUUUGUCACGAAACAAAUCACCAAUCGUCACUUUAAUGACCAUGGACCUUAGAAGGACUCACAGUAACCCAUUGGACUGAGAGGUUAGGCUGUCUGUCAGUUAUCGUUCUUGUAUGAUAGCAAUGGUAAGUACUGCGAAAUCUGUGCAUUCUGGAGUGAAUCCGAUGGUUGUCAACAGAGAGCUUGGCAAGACGAAGAUGAGAUAGCAAGAGGUUGCAAAGCAGAACUCUGUCCACUCGCUAAAGUCUCCGCGGGUCAAAGGAACGGAGUAACCUACUGGGAUAAAAUAAAGGAAUAAAGAGCGUUUGCAAUGUUUGGAGAUCUAUUUGAGGAGGACGACGAAGGCUUUUCUUCCGUCCCCAGCGGAGGAAGAUUCGUGAAAGGGAAGGAGGCCGAGCCUCCACCACCAAGAGGGAACGUCAGUCUCAGUGGAAUAAAAAACCAAGGGGGCACUUGCUACCUCAACUCCCUCAUCCAGACGCUUUUGUUUACGCCCGAGUUCAGAGAGGAACUCUUCAGUCUGGGACCGGAUGAACUGGGUAACCUGACUGACAAGGACAAGCCAGAUGCCAAGGUUCGGGUGAUCCCGCUCGAGCUUCAGAGGUUGUUUGCUCACCUGCUGUUGGUGAACCAGCAGACUGCUUCCACCUCAGACCUCACAGAGAGUUUUGGCUGGACCAACAAUGAGGAGACAAGCCAACAUGAUGUCCAGGAGCUGAACCGCAUUCUGUUCAGCGCUCUGGAAAGCUCUUUGGUGGGAACGUCGGGCAGCAGCCUCAUCCAUCGCCUCUACCAUGGCACACUUGUCAACCAAAUUGUCUGCAAGGAGUGCAGCAACGUCAGCGAGAGACAGGAGGAUUUCCUGGACCUGACGGUGUCUGUGCGUGGCGUGUCCAGCCUUGAGGAGGCGCUAUGGAGCAUGUUCGUGGAGGAGGAGUUGUUUGAGGGCAACAACCUCUACCGAUGCAGCCGCUGCAACCAGCUCGUCGAGGCCGCUAAGUCUGCCAAACUGAGGAAGCUGCCUCCGUUCCUCACCAUGUCUCUACUGAGGUUCAACUUUGACUUUGCCAAGUGUGAGCGCUACAAGGAGAUGGGCCGCUAUGCGUUCCCCCUCACCAUUGACCUCCGACCUUUCUGUGAACAGAGUGAGUGUCCAGACAGCGAGUACUUGUAUGAGCUGUUCUCCGUGAUCAUUCACAAAGGGGGGUGCUACGGUGGCCACUACCACGUCUAUAUCAAAGACAUUGACCAGCUAGGCCGCUGGGAACCUCCAGAGGAGGAGGUGAAGGAGAAGCAGAAGGAGAAGGCUCAGAAGAGAGAUGCGAGAGUGAGCGAACCUGAGCUGGAGAAGGACAAUCCGCUGUCUGUGCUCACAGCCGUACUCUCUCAGGAAGAAUCAAAGAGUGUUCCUGUUGACCAAAUCAGCCAAAGGCUGAUGGAUAAGAUUGGGACUUCAUGGAACAAAACGUUCCGCAAACAAUAUGGACCCAUUGGCAAGUUUCUGCAGAGUCACUCGGAAGUCUUCCUGCUGGUGGCUAAAGGGACUCGGGUGGCUCUGAAAGCCGCCUCUCCUCCAGACCCCGGGUCAAAGGUCAAUGAGGUCCCCCCGACCGCCGAAGCCUCCUCACCCCGCGACAGCAGCCCGGAGGUGAAUGAGGUCCUGCCUGAGACUCCAGCUGAGGUUGACGCUGAGGCUGAGGGGGCAGACGGGACGGACGGGUGUCACUGGUUCGAUCUAAACGACUCCAGCGUUGCGUCCAUCCGCCAGCGGGACAUCGAGAAGCAGUUUGAGGGGAAGGAGAGCGCCUACAUGCUCUUCUACCGCAAGGCCAGCCUCAAGAGACCGCCAGAGGCUUUAGGGAAUCCAGCAUAUCGGGUGCCUCAGCACUUACUACAGAUGGUCAAGGAAGAAAAUGACAAAAUCCAACAACGGAGGGAGGAGUUUGAUGCCAGCAGUAACAGCAUGGAGGUGCGCCUGCACCUGGCACCCCACUACAGGGCAGAGAUGGGCGCGCUGCGGCCCGUCGGGGACCCCAAAGACGCCGUCAUCACAGUCACCUUUGACCGCCGCAAAAGUGUCGGGGACCUGCGGCUGGCUGUUUACCAGAUGCAGGACCUCUGGGAGGGGGACAUGGCGUUGACGGUGGCUCAGAGUCUGCCUGCUGGUUUACACCUCUACGACACACUCACAGAUGAUCAGCAAUCUCUGUACAGUGCUGGUGUAAAUUCUGGCUCUGACUUGUUUGUGUGGAAUGGGAGAGAGGUGAGCGGGUCAGCUGUGCGCACAGGAGCAGAAUGGGAGCCUCUGCUGCUCACCGUCGUCCGACCGUCGGACGAGGAACCCGACGACACGUUGGAGCCCAUCCCCACCUCCUCCACCUCCACCUCCACCACCACCGCUGAGCCCUCCGACGGGGCCCCUGGCUCUGGGCUGGUGCGCUCCAUGCAGGGCUUCGCCCGUGGGGCCACCCUGGGCACCAUCCUGGAGGCUCUGGGGCCCCAGGAGACGCUGGUGUGCCGGGAGACGAGCCGGCCAGGGCCCAGCGGGGGCGAGGGAGGAGGGGCCAGCGGCUGGAAGGUGUUCCCCCCGCAGGACAUGCAGAGGACGCUGAGGGAGCUGGCGCUCAAGGACGGGGACGCCCUGCUGCUCCUGGAGCCACACGCGCUGGACAGCAGCAUCUUUAGCCUCAGUGGAGAUAUCGUUACCGUGACUACCCCCUCGGACUGCCGCUGGCUGCAGGUGGAGUUCAGAGGAAAACAGCGGGAGGAAGAGGAGGAGGGAAUGAAGAGGAGGGGCAAGGUUCCAGCCGCAGGGAAUAUGUUGCUGUCUGAGGUUAAGCAGAGGGCCAUUGAGGAACUGGAGUUAGAGAAUAAACUCAAAGGUGUGGAGUGUUGCCUCAGGCAGGUGGAUCGAACAGGGACUCUUCUGCCACCAGUGUAUGAUGACAUAACUGUGAGAGAGGCUGGAAUUAGGCUAAUGACCACCCUCUUCCUCUGUCCCGGACCGGCACCUAAAUCCACACAGCUCUUCCUGUACUUCACUGUAGGCUCAGUGCCCUCUGCUGGUCAGGAUAUGGACAUCAUUGUAGACGAGACACUCACAGUCAAAGAGUGCCUGACAGAGAUGUUGAAGAAAGCUGGACUUGAAGGAGAUGCUUGGCAUCUGAACAGAAUGAACUGGGACGAUGAGGUUGGGGAGCUCCUAAUGGAAGAAAAUGCAACACUGUCUAAGGCACGAAUCAGUCACGGGGACAAGCUGAUACUCUCUGCAGGACUUCUCCCACCCAAGGGCUACCUGAAAAUAUCAGUUUGGCGCUAUGUGGACUUGAGAGAAAGUCCUGUUGCCAUGGAGAUGGAAGUCAACCACACCACUGAGAGGGCAGAGUCUCAGGCUCAGGAUGUCAUCUCUGCAGAGUGGCUAGGGGCAGAGCUAAGGAUCGUGGGUAAAAUAGAGAUCACUGAAGAAGCCUCAUUGGAUGACUUAAAAACUCAGGUCAUUACCCUGCCUGCUCUGCUGGACGUGUGUGUGCCCAUGCCAGCAUUUCUACGUGUGUGGCAGCUGGAGGACCGCAAGCUGGGCAAGAUCCUCAGAGGAAACCAGCAGAGUCUAAAGAAACUGAAGGUUGCAAAUGGAGCAGAGAUUUGUGUGCAGACACUACUAAAAGAGGAGGAUCUUGGGCAGAGGGAGCUCUUGCUGCGGGUGCAGAUGGGCAUACCGGGCGAGCGGCAGUACUUCCCGUGGGAGGAGUUUGUGUGGGAGGCGGGGAACGACUCCAGCCCGAGGGCUCUGCGCGUGGCCCUGUCCUCUCGUUACGGCCUCUCGCCCGACAGCCUGCUACUAGCCAAAUGCCUCCCGGAGAAGCACUCCUGGAUGCCCGUGUCCACCUGGAGCCAACAGGUGUCUAAGCGCAAGAAGAAGAAAAAGAAUGACAACCUCCAGGGGGCGCCCUACAACUUGAAAGACGGCGACAUCAUUGGAAUCAAGAACCUGCUGAUUGACAGUAAUCGGGACUUCAGCACUAUUCAGGAUGAGCUAGGACAGCAAGAGGAAGCAGAAAGACUAAAGAAAGGGGGCCAGAGCGACAGUGCAGAGGCCAAUCAGGACUCAGGACCAGGUAGAAAGGUGGGACAAGGGAAGAACCGAAAACCAGAGGUGGCUUUGUCAAUCAACGUUGGGGUCUUCAGAUAGCCCCAGCCCUACACGCACACACACACACACACACACACACACACACACACAUAUAUAUGUGCACAAACAAACCUUGCAGAUGCACUUCAGCGCUGCGUAGUUCCUGGAUCCUCUUGAAGGUGUGUUUGUAUGCCAAAUAGUGUCUGAGCAUGUGUUCUCCAGCACACAGCCACUGUGUCAGUUUGCCUGUGUCGUUGGAGGAGAAGGACCUGUGUACCGCGAGCCAUCAGUGUUGGAAGACACCAAAAGUACAGACAUUGCCUGGACCCUUCAUCUUUCCCUCCCUCCCCUUCUGCCACCUAUGCAAUAUUCUUGUGGAUCCAUCUUGGAGUCUGGAAUCUGUUAAUCAGCAUUUCAAUAAGACGUUCAUUUUUGCAAUGUGGCAAUCAACUCAUACUUGGUGCAAUAACAUCUUCAAAGGAAGGGAACCAUGAAAAUAUGAAAAUUACGAGCAGAUGACUUUGGCUGGAAUACUAGAUGUGACUGUGUGCAACAAUCGGUUUUGAAACAGGAACUGCUGAACCUUUUGCUAAUGGUUGGUGCUUUUAAUGUAUGAGGCUAAUUGAUUUGCCUCUCCGAUCUUGUGGAAACGGUUUAGAUACAAUUUGCACAAAAACAUUUUUUUCUUUUGUGUGUAGCUAUGCAAUGCAUUGUGACUUCCCCAUGCAUUCAAGGGGAGAAUAUACCCCACCUGAAGAAGCUACACUCAAAACACCAAGGCAAAAUGAUGCGUAAAAUUGAGAUGGCAGCCAUUUUAUGAGCUGCAUUCUCAUUUCCUGCGGUUUAACUCAUGCAACUCAUCCAACAAGGCACACAUUAUACUCCAUUAGAGUGAUGUCACAGUUUGUGAUCUUUUUUGUUUGCCAGUGUAUUUAGAACGGUUUGAAGAAACAGCGUAAUGCUACUGUACAGCAUGUUGCAGGCCAAAGAGUGUAAAUGAGUGGUCCUGUUCCUGAAGAGGAUUAGUUGGCAUGACCCUGUGCCUCUUACCCACACCACACACACUUGAUGAUACUUUUAGGGAACAUGUUAAAAUGUGAGCCUAAACUUAUGUAAACAUGCACACGCUAUCUCUUGGUCAGAAAAACACAAACUUUUUGGAACCAUGUGGCAACAUGUUGAAAAGUUGGGCCUAAGCCUUCAAACAUGCUCUCUCGUAGUAACAAAAAUGCUACAUUUUGGGAACCGUGUCGAAACGUUGGUCCUAAUCUAGCCCACAAACCCAGGACAAUAUAAACAAUUCCUAAGGUGCAAAGGCCCAGUGGUUUCUGAGCACAGGAAAAAAAAGGAGUUUUAUUCAGGUGAGGGAUGUGCCAGUGUCUUAUCCACUCCUGUGUGGAGCAGAUCGAGACUAACUAAUGUCCGCACUUCAGCUCUGCUGUGAGCUUGUCCACAUCUGUGUGUGGGGUGCCUGUAAAAGGCUAAUAUAAGAGGAGUCAUGCAGUGCCUGGCUCAGACAGAUUCAUGCGAGGCCUUACCUGGUUGCUUUCACUGAACCCUCCCAGUUCAUUUUCUACCCACCCGUCAUUGUUUUGGCAAAAAGAAAACAUCCACUAUUGUUGUUCAGAAAAAUGGUACUCUUGCCAAAGUGAGCUUUGGUGCAAUCAGUGCAGUCUAUUGAUAUUGCGUGAUACUGCGUGGGUGUAAGGAAUACAUUUGACUGGGUAAGACAAACUUGCGAUGCCUUAGUGAGCUUGGUCUCACUGAUCAACCCUCCUACCUCACCCCUUAUAACUCCCAUCCACCCCCUACCCAACCUACCACACACACACACACACACACACAUGUAAUACCUGCCUCAGUGGAGAACAUGCCAUGAAGCCAGAGAAAAUUGCUUUUCCCUUCCUCUACGUUGGAGUCUGUUUUACCUUUUUGAUUACCCUUUAAGGAAGCCAUUUUGAGGUUUGUUCAGAUUGUUUGUUAUCAGAUCAACAUGAUUAUGUUUUAUUUUUCAACAGAUGUCAUUUGAUAUUUAUAAUGUAAUCAACAUGUGAGAUUAUUUGAUUCAGGCUGCAUGUGUGCAUUCUCCCUUUUGUCACGCAGGGAGCUAAAAUAAUGUGACUUCAUGAGGGGGGUAGUUACAGUCUCAAAGAGGAUUUAAGGGUCCCUUUUUAUUGAAAAGAAAUUUCCAAAAAUACAACAGAAAUGUCUUUCACAGGCCUUUGACUAACUUUGUAAUAACUGAAGAUACACAAAAUAUUUCUCCUGUUAUUUAAAGUAUUUUACACAUGGAUGUUUUCUUUUGACAGCUGUAUCUUCUCUCCCCUUUGGGCUCUGUAUUAUAUGGGCUAUAUACUGUAUUUUUGUAGUACCUUUAUGUUGUAAAUCAUCAACAUCAGGUUAUUUUCAUGGGUUCACACAUGGGUUUACAGGAUAAUGCUUGAAUUGUUUUCUUUUCGUAUUUUAUGAUCCUCCUAUGCUCUGUUGAUAAAAAAAACACAAUAAAAUGGUUCACUGCCUUGAAUCAUUUUGAAUUGAA